AAAGAAACUGUCUUAUUCCACUUCUACCUCUAGUACGUUCUUUCUUUCGUAUAAUGAAAAUCUGUAAAACCUGGGUUGUGCUCUUCGCCGUCUUCGCUGCGGUUAUAGGAUAUAUCCAAAAAUACCAUCUAAGAUCGUUCUUCCGUCUUGACCCUGUCAAGUUGCAGGAACUUUCUCAGCAGUCUAUUGCCUUAUAUCCAAAUGACACUCGUAGUCUUUUCUAUGAUUUGAACCAGCGUCUUAUUGCUGAGUAUGGUGACCUUAUUGAACCCUACAACGAUGAGGAUUGGGUCCAUAACAAUGCCGGAGGAGCCAUGGGUACUAUGUUUAUCUUGCACGCUUCUAUCACCGAGUACCUCAUCUUCUUUGGAACUCCCGUCGGCACUGAAGGACAUUCUGGAGUACAUAUGGCUGAUGAUUACUUCACCAUCCUUGUAGGUCAACAAAUGUGUGCGUCGGCUACCGAUUUGGAGCCUCGUAUCUACCGUCCCGGUGAACAGAACCAUCUUGAGUGGGGAAAAACAGCACAAUACGUGAUGCCAUCAGGUGAGGCUUGCUGGGCUUUGGAACUGGCUCAAGGUUGGAUUCCCGCCAUGCUUCCUUUUGGUUUCUGGGACACUCUCUUCUCUACUCUGGACUUCGGCACUCUUUUCAGAACCGUACAGUUGACUGCUAGCCGUAUGGUGAAAAGCCUUCUUCACGGCAAAUUUUAAGCACUGUUCAUGGUAUCUUGUACUUCUAGGAACGAAAACGUUCACAACUGUCCCAGCACUAACUUCUCUUUUCUUGUACAACAUGUGCUGGAUGCAGUUAACAACUUGUAAGAUUUAGUUGACCUUUUUGGAUACCCGACCAAAAUGUACAUUCUUAUCACACACAUGUAAUCAACGUGUUUACAGACAGAACAGUUCUUCUGUUAGUUUAUACAAUAUCAUACUCAUACUCUCCUCUCUCCUCG